ACAUCGUGCGUCUCGGUGUCGGCGCAGUAUGGCCGCUUGGUUGUAGCCAUCGUGUGCCCGGUGUCAGCUGUAUUUAUUUUCUAUUUUAACUAUGUCUGCCUUGUUGGUUCUCAAAAAAUCCUUGUGCCGACUCCCCCCGACCGUAGCCCGGCAGGUCCUUGGCUGCUGUUACCACACGGAGCGAGGAGUUUACGGAUACCGACCUAAACAGACCGACAGGGACCUCAAGUUGUGCACGGACUUGACUACAGCACUAAACCAAGAUCAUGGCCUGGCUUGUCUGGUGGAAGCAUACAGAGCUCAUGGACACAAGGCAGCCAAAAUUAACCCCUUACUCCCCCAAAAACCUGUGCUGGAUGAUGUCCCAGAGAUCAGCACUCUGGCUGGUACCAUUACAGGGCAACUUAAUACCUCAGGUCUAAGGCAUUUUGGCAAAUCCGAGGCAUCAGUAGAAGAAGUCCAGUCAUAUUUGGAGAAGACGUACUGUGGUCAUCUGUCAGUGGAGAUCAGUCAGCUCAGCAGCCUCGUGGAGAGAGCGUGGUUUGCUGAUCGCUUUGAGGAACUAAAAAACCAAAGCUUCAAUUCAGAGGAGAAGAAACGUCUGGCUAAAAUCAUGCUGGAGUCACAGGAAUUUGACCAUUUCCUGGCCACCAAAUUUGCAACAGUGAAGCGGUACGGAGGAGAGGGAGCAGAGAGCAUGAUGGGAUUUUUCUACGAGCUCUUCCACCUGGCGAACCACAGCGGGGUGACGGACAUUGUGAUCGGGAUGCCUCACCGCGGCCGACUGAACCUCCUGACAGGCCUGCUGCGGUUCCCCCCUGAGCUUAUGUUUCGUAAAAUGCGAGGUCUCAGUGAGUUUCCAGACACGUCUCCAGCCAUCGGUGAUGUGUUGUCGCACCUCACCUCAUCUAUUGAGCUGGAAUUUGGAGCUGAGCGUCCGAUUCACGUGACCAUGUUGCCCAACCCAUCCCAUUUAGAGGCCAUUAAUCCAGUGGCUCAGGGUAAGGCCAGAGCGAGACAGCAGCUGAGGCAAGAGGGGGACUACUCUCCAGAUGAAAACGCUCAGCCCGGAGACCAAGUUAUAUGUCUGCAGGUCCACGGGGACGGCUCAUUCACAGGACAGGGCAUUGUUCCGGAAACUUUGACCCUCUCAAACCUGCCCCACUACAGGAUCGGGGGCAGCAUCCACCUCAUUGUGAACAAUCAAGUGGGUUAUACCACUCCAUCAGAAAGGGGCAGGUCCUCGCUCUACUGCAGUGAUGUUGGUAAAAUGGUGAACUGUGCUGUGAUCCAUGUGAACGGUGAUGAUGCUGAAGAGGUGCUACGGGCCACUCGUCUGGCUGUGGAGUAUCAACGGAAAUUUCGGAAGGACAUCAUUCUGGACCUCAUAUGUUACCGUCAGUGGGGCCAUAAUGAGUUAGAUGAGCCUUUCUUCACAAACCCGGCUAUGUACAAGAUUAUCCGUUCUCGUAAGAGUGUCCCCGACUCCUAUUCAGAUCAGCUCAUUGUGGAGGGUUUGAUGACUGAAGAGGAACGUGACGGCAUCAAAUCCAAACACUACAACAUGCUCAAUGAAAAACUGUCCAACAUGACUUUGUACAGCCCCCCGCCCACCAACCUGCAGGGGCGCUGGGGAGACCUGGUCGAACCCCAGGCCAAAGUCUCCACAUGGGACACUGGAGUGCCUAUCUCCCUACUGCAGUUUGUCGGGGCAAAGUCUGUGGACAUCCCUGAAAAUACUCAACUCCACAGCCAUUUAGGAAAAACGCAUGUACAGGCUCGGCUGCAGAAGUUGGAAGAAGGGACCAAACUGGACUGGUCUACAGCAGAAGCAUUGGCUUUUGGCUCUCUCCUCUGUCAAGGUUUUAAUAUCCGUAUCAGUGGACAGGAUGUUGGACGAGGAACGUUCAGUCAGAGACAUGCAAUGGUGGUGUGUCAAGAGACUAACGACACAUACAUCCCAUUAAACAAUAUAAGUCCUGAGCAAACUGGUUUCUUGGAGGUGUGCAACAGUCCUUUGUCAGAAGAGGCAGUGCUUGGCUUUGAAUAUGGAAUGAGUAUUGCACAACCUAAACUUCUUCCUGUUUGGGAAGCUCAGUUUGGAGACUUCUUCAAUGGAGCACAAAUUAUCUUUGAUACAUUCAUCUCUGGUGGUGAAGCAAAGUGGCUGUUGCAGUGUGGGAUGGUGAUUCUGUUGCCUCAUGGCUAUGAUGGGGCAGGUCCUGAGCACUCAUCCUGUCGAAUGGAGAGAUUCUUGCAGAUGUGUGACAGUAAACUCGAUGGUGUUGAUGGGGACACAGUGAACAUGUCUGUAGUGAACCCCACCACUCCUUCCCAGUAUUUUCACCUGCUCCGGAGACAGAUGAUACGAAACUUCAGAAAACCCCUCAUUGUGGUUGGACCCAAGACGCUGCUUAGAUUCUCCGGGGCAGUGUCCAGUUUGAGUGAGAUGGCACCAGGGACGUCAUUCAAACCAGUACUUGGUGAUACAGUUGUCUCAACUGAAGGUGUCCAGAGGGUGGUGCUGUGCUCAGGGAAGCAUUACUACGCCUUACUGAAGCAGAGAGAGGCAUCAGCAGCCAACCAGAACACGGCUCUGAUCAGAGUGGAGGAACUGUGUCCAUUUCCACUGGAGGCUCUGCAGCAGGAACUCGCAAAAUACCCCAACGCUAAAGAGUUUGUUUGGAGUCAAGAAGAACCUGAAAAUAUGGGCCCUUGGUCUUUUGUAGGUCCUAGGUUUGAGAGGCAACUGGCCUGUAAGCUCCGUCUCGUCAGUCGUCCUGCCCUGCCUGCUCCAGCUGUAGGUAUUGGGACCCUUCAUCAUCAACAACAAGAAGCUAUCCUCAAUGCCACCUUCUCCUGAAACCAAACCACAACCAAAGACAGGCAUGAAUGCUAUACUACAAACUCUUUUAUUUGUAUCUCAUCACCACUGGCAACUGUGGAGCAAACUGGGACCUUUGUUUGUGUACCAGUCAGUCAUUGACUAUUGAGGGAUGUUUUAUAGGAAGUUAAGUAAUAGGAUAUUUUUGUGGAUGUGCGGUUUAGCAUUUGUGAACUUGUGAAUGUGCACACAACCUAUUAAUCAGGUUGUGAGUAUUACAAUCUGAAAUCAGUUAAUAAUAAUGUUUACCACUGCAAAUCCUAAUGACAGAAUUUACUUGUUGACUGCCUACCUGUAAAAGACUUUAUAAGGACUAUUUCCCAUGUAGCUACAGUAUUUCAUUCAUUUUUACAUUGAGCCAACCUGCUGUAAAAUGACCGAGCAUAUCAGUUAUUAUUAGUAUUGGCACAAAACAGCACUUAAAUUAAUUUCUGAACAAGCAUUUGAAAUUGUUACCUUUGUGAUUGUGAUAUAUUUAUGAGCUCUAUCUAGGCAUAUUUAGUACUUUGAUGGUUUAAUACUGGAUAUUUUUUGUUCGUUUACAUAGACUUAACUACAAAAAUGAAAGGGCUAAUGUAAAUAUGCCAAACCAGAGCAUUAAAUUUGAAUAUUUUCUCACAAAGAUAGUUAAUGGUGGUGGUGUUGAUGUAUUUUGUUCAAAUAACACUGGGGAAGGCAUGUGAAUUUGUCUUGAGAGUCAGUAAUCAAACCAACCAAGAAUAACUUUCACAAGUGGCCAUUAUUCUACAAAGGCAAUCAAAACUCUGGAUACCCAGCUGUGCCAGAGCUGAAAGUAGGCUAAAUAAACAGAAAAAUCAAUGUAGCUGUUUUGACUGUUGUAAAGUGGAAACUAAAAUAACAGAAAGCAAAACAACACUCCGUAUUUUUUUUUUUAAAUUGGCAUCAAAGUUUUAAACAUCUUUAUUAUUAUUUUCAUACAUCUCACACCUCUGCAUGUGAGAGGUACUACCCCAAAAUGAAAGAAGAUACAAUUUAUCUGUUUACAAUAACAUUUAUAGCAAUUUCCUACAGUUGGGACAAUGUGAUCCCUGUUCCUGUCAAUACUGCUCUUGUGCCCAUGGGCAAGACACCACCUUGCCUCAUUCUCUAUGUACAAUGGUGCAUAAAUGUGAAUGUUAAGGUGUGUGUGGUAUAUGCAUAAAAAACUUGUGCUUUUGAAUGAUUUAAAGAAGAAAAGAACCAAACAUUUUAAAUACCUAACUGAGCUCUUAAUAAGUUUGUGUAAAUUAGUUAGUUUGUGUGUAUGAGAUGGCCUGUUGUGAUUGUGGUCAUUUAGCCACAAGCAAGGGUUCUGUGUGUACACUGGAAAUGUUAAUGACUGGAGCAUUUCCGCUGCAGUCAAAUUGAGAUUAUCGGAAGUGUAUCUGGCUCAUUAUGUGUUCAGCAUUUAGACCAACAGCC